UGAGGAAAUGGAAUAAAUACUGAAUAUUUUUUUUCAGACUAUUAUUAGAUAAAAAAAAAUGCCGGAGGAGCGGGGAGUUAGCUCAGGGUUGCAAAGUGUAAAUAUUGCACAGGCCUUGAUGGAAGAGGACCUAGAGAGAGAGUUGGCGCGAAAUGAAGCUGCAAACAGAAUGGCAAAGGAAAGAGAAGAACAAGCACUAGCUGCUAGACUCAGGGCGGAAACCUCCCAAAAGAUGAUGCAAGAAAUGAUGAGGAAAUAUGAAUUGAUGAGAGAAAAACUUGAAUACACAAAGAAACAUUUAGAUGACACAAAUGAAAAAAUCUCCAUCCAGGACAAACUGACAAACAAAAUCAUAGAUAUGAAGACAAGAGUUGAGAAUUACUCGAAUAAACGUGAAGCAGUUGCCUGUCUCAGCCAAGCUGUUUCUCUUAAGGCACAGCUGACAGGAAUAGGAGAGCACACUUCAGAGAGCAAUAAUAAAACAAAUCCAGAAAAUACCGAAGGAGCCGAGGGUGGGAUGGCAAACUCAGAAGAAGCAGGGGCAUCUUCUACAGAGGGAGGGAAAGCAGUUUCCCCUAAGGGAGGGAAAGCAGCCUCCAGCAUGAAUGGGGAGAUGGAUGAGGAUCUGUUGCUUAGAACAAAGGAGAGAAUGGAGAGAUUAAAGAAGAACAUGGAGGAGAAUGAAGAAAAGUUCAAACAGAGAGAGGACCUGAAGAACAGGUUGGAGGAACAGGUGGAGAAGGGAGAGAAGAGAGCAGCUGAUCAGGCCAGGAUUGCUAAGGCAAAAGAGGAUUUGUUGGCGCUCAAGAUGCGCGAAUUAAAGCUUCAGCAGUUGCGUCUUGCGCGCAGGCAAGCACAGCAGGAUCGGAAGGAUCUUCAGAUGGAUCAUUUCUUUCAACAGCUGGAUGAGAUUGAGAAGUCUCCAAUCCUUCUAAACCAACAAAAUCUGGAAGCUCUAAAGCAAGCAGCUGAGAUUACGCUUGAAUUCAAUGGUAAAACCGAAUCCAAACCCAAUAAAGAAACUAUGGAACCAACCAAGGUUGGAGAAACUACUAAAGAAGAAAUGAAGCAGGAAAACUCAAUUUCAUCUGAAACGAAAAUAGAAAAAGAAAUUAACACAGAAGUGAACACCUCUCAUCCCGACAAUAAUGAAUUAAAUGAAACAACACAAGAAAUUACAAAAAAAUCUGAAGUGGAAAUGAAAGUAGAAAAUGGCGACCAAAGAUUAGAAAGUGAAAUUAGCCCAGCACAUAACAAUUUAGAACUAUCCGAAGAAACCAGAACAAAGCAUGAAGUCAUUACAAUUAAAUCGAAUAAAAUACAAACUGAAAACAAUAAAAUAAACCAUGAAGCUACACAUGUGCUGGGUCCAGAAACUGGAGCUAUUUCGAAACAAAGACGACCCUCAUCAUUGGAAACUGAUAUUGAGCCUUCAGCAGAACAAAAUACAGAACAAAAUACAGAGGAGGACACCGCUAGCACGGCAUUAUCUGACACUGUGCGUAAGAUUGAAGGAAAAUGUGCAAGUGUGAAGGGAGAUUUAGCAGAGAUGGCAAUGUCAGAGCAAUACCUUCGGACAAAGCAGGCAAUGCUUCUUGCAAAGAAGAAGGAAACAGAGAUGAAGAUUGCUCAGAAUAUUGCCAGUCUUAGAGAGGCAGAGGUACUUAAGAUGAAGGAGAAAGUAAAGCAUAUGCAGGAGCUUCUGGCGCAGAAGAGAGAGAAAUUGAAAAUACAGGAGCAGAUUAUGAAGGAGAAAAAUACCCAGGAGACAGAGAUUAAUAAAGUGAUCGAAGCCAAGAAACGAAGAGGAAAAUACUGUGAAAAAGAAUUGAUGGAAAAAAUUGUUUUUGAAAAACCAUCGAAAAAACAUUGAGUAAAUUUUUCAAAGUAUUUAUUUUAAAAAAAUUAUCGAUCCACAGCAUAUAUUUACAAAAAAAAGUGUUUGAUUCUAAUUUUUCACUGUUAUGAUAAAUUAGUUUUGCCCAAUUGCUAAAUUUUCAAGAUCCAAAAAAAACAUAUUUUCUAUCCCAAUAAGGAAGAUAAACCAAGUUACUUAUGCAAGGAAAGUUAAUUGCAGUCGUGUAUACUCUGCGGAUAUAUUGAAAAAUAUUUCUGGGCGGAAUUUGUCAAC